AUGUCUUGGAAUAUAAGGGGUUUGAACCGUCCCCUGAAACAAAGUGAGGUUCGUAAUCUCGUGGCUGAAAAUAAUUUAGAGUUGUGUGCAAUUCUUGAAUCGCAUGUGGAGGUUAGUAAGCUGGCUAAAGUAUGUAAAUUUGUCUUUCGUAAUUGGAAUUGGACUUCUAACGGUGGUGUGUGUGGUCGUGGUACGAGAAUUAUUCUGGGUUGGAAUGCGGAUAAUAUAGAUGUUAUGGUUAUUGCCCAAACCGAUCAGAUUAUUCAUACUCAGGCUGAAUUGAUGGACAUUAAUGCUCAUGGAUUGCAGUAUACAUGGAACCAAAAACCAAAGAGUGGAGUGGGUCUUUUGAAAAAGAUAGAUCGAAUAAUGGGUAACGUGGUCUUUUUGGAUCAGUUUCCGUCUGCAUACGCGAUGUUUCACCCGUUUAGAGUUUCGAUCACACGCCUUCUGGAAUGGAUGAAUAGAUUUGAGGGAAUCACCAUGCUAUCGGUUGUCAAGAAGCUGAGAAAUUUAAAGCCCAAGCUGAGAAAAAUCUUAUUUAACCAAGGUAACCUGCAUGUGAAGGUUAAUGAAUUGCGUAAAAAAUUAGAUGAAUUGCAGGUCAUGAUCGAUCGUGAUCCUCUUGAUGGUCAGUUGCGCCAAUUGGAAGCUCAAUGUUUGAAAGAUUUUCAAAAGGCUGCUUAUGACGAAGAAUGCUUUCUUAAGCAGAAGUCUAAGGUUGAUUGGCUGUGUGCUGGGGAUUCAAACACAAAAUUCUUUCAUAACAUUGUCAAAUCCAAAAAUGCUAGAGUGAAAAUUUAUAGUGUUGUGGAUUCAAUGGGGACGAGACACGAAGGUGAUGGUGUAGCCGAGGCCAUGGUAUUACACUAUUCGAAUUUUUUGGGGGUGAAGGCUCAUGUGGGUACGGCUAACCUGGAUAAUAUAUUUUCUAAUGUUUUGAGUAAUGAGGCUGCCGAAUAUAUGAUACGUCCAGUCACUCGUGAGGAGAUUAAGAGCGCCAUGUUUAGUAUUGGAGAUGACAAAGCUCCAGGGCCUGAUGGGUAUACUUCGGUUUUCUUCAAGCAAGCUUGGGAUAUAGUGGGAAAUGAAGUUACAGAUGCGGUCCUACAGUUUUUUGAAAACGGUAAACUUCUGAACCAAAUUAAUCAUACUAUACUUGCUUUACUCCCGAAAAAAGAUGUUCCGGACUCGGUCUUGGAUUAUAGGCCGAUUUCUUGUUGCAACGUUUUGGGCCAACGGGAGUUAAGGCAAGGGGAUCCAAUGUCCCCCUACUUAUUCACAUUGGUAAUGGAGGUCUUAUCGUUACUUCUUCGACGAGCAGCCACCAUACCCUUUAAUUAUCAUGCUCACUGUGCUAAGGAGAAGAUAAUUAACGUUUCUUUUGCGGAUGAUCUUUUUAUAUUUGUUCAUGGAGAUGUGGUUUCUGUCAAAAAGAUUAAGGAGGCGCUGGAGAUGUUUACCAAGAUUUCGGGUCUAGUUCCAAGUCCAGCUAAGAGCACGGUAUUUUUUUGCAAUGUUCCUCAUGAGAUCAAACAAGAAAUUCUCGAUAUUAUGCCGUUUCAGGAGGGUGUUCUUCCGGUUCGGAUUCUUGUUGAGCGUAUGGAGAAAAAGAUUGUAAAUUGGGCUACUAAAUCUUUGUCGUUUGCCGGUCGUUUGCAACUUAUUAAUUCGGUUCUGUCUUCUAUGCAUAUAUAUUGGGCUUCGGUCUUCAUUAUUCCGGCUCGUGUUAUUAGUGAGCUAGAAAAGAGGAUUCGGAGGUUCUUAAGGAAUGCAGGUUCAGAAGGUAGGAUUCGUGCUAAAGUUGCGUGGAAAUAUGUGUGCUUGCCUAAAACGGAAGGGGGUUUGGGUAUUCGAAGUAUUUCUGAUGUUAAUAAAUCGCUCAUGGCAAACCACAUUUGGAGUAUUAUUACCAAGCGGGAUUCUAUUUGGGUGCGAUGGAUUCAUGAUUACAAGCUCAAAGGUCGAAAUUUCUGGGAAGUUCCGUGUAGAGGGAGUAUGAGUUGGGGGUGGCGAAAGAUUUUGUCCAUCCGUUACAUCAUUCGGCCUCACAUAUGGUUUUCUAUUAAGAGUGGUGCUCAAACUAAUGUAUGGAGUGAUAUGUGGUGUUCGCUAAGUCCCAUUAGCUCGUUUAUCACGCCAAGAGCCAUUGCUAAUGCUGGGUUUUCCAUACGGUCUACGGUCGCGGAUAUGGUUGAUCAGAAUGGUAAUUGGAGAUGGCCUCGGGCAUGGCUAGAUCUUUUUCCAGUGUUAAUUACAAUAUCGGUUCCUUUUAUGGUGCCUAAUGCUAUGGAUAGAUUGGUAUGGAAAAACUUGGAGGGGAAGACAUGUGAUUUUCAGUCGGCAGUAGUUUGGGACACAAUUCGGAAGCGUGAAAAUCAGGUGUCAUGGGCUGAUAUGGUUUGGUAUUCUCAAUGCAUUCCGCGACAUUCGUUUCAUUUAUGGUUGGCAUUUAGAAACAAACUUAAAACGCAGGAUAGAUUGGCAGUGUGGGAAGCGGGUAGUCACACCAUCUGGAACCUGAUGUGUUGUCCGUUGUGUAAUUUUGAUCGUGACAGUCGGGACCAUUUAUUUUUCAGAUGUGCUUUUGCGGCUCAUAUCUGGAACGAGGUGAAGAAAUUGGUUAACUUGGGCAACGUUGACGAUUCUUGGUACUCGGUUUUAUCUUGGGUGGAGCAACAUGCUAAAUCCAAGAAUGUGGAUCAUAUUGUGUGCAAGUUAUUGAUUGCUGCUUCUUCUUAUUAUAUAUGA